AUGCAUGCUGUUGUGUACCUCACUAUACUAAUUGUCUCGGUUAUAUUGUGGAUUUCCAUUCGUCCUCCAAAACUUAUUUACACAUUUUCAGAAAAAGCCCUAACAAGAAGCAAAGUCUCAAUUCUGCCAAAUUUCUACAACCGAAUUAAUACUUCUUCCAAAUACUCUCCAAGGGGUGCACCACCCUUUACACUAUUCUCCCCACAACUCCCAUCAGACGACGUCGUAUUAUCACUACUGCAGCUGCUUUUGCUCCCAAACGACGACGCUCGGCUCGACAUCGGAGUCGCCAGGAACUUCUCCUCCAUCUCCGCCGGUGCCGGCGGCGGCGCCGCCGCCUUCUCCCCGGCCUCGAGAUCCCCCUCCCCUUCUCCUCUCUCGUCCCUGUUCUCGAAGUGGCCGGAGAGCUUCCAGUAG